CGGAGGAUCAACAGUCAGAAGAGAAGCGUCCGUCGUCGUCGCUUGUUCUGUGUAGUUUCAUCAGAUCCAGUUGGUCCAAGAGAGAAGAUGGGAGUGUUUAUUUUGCUGCUCGUCUUGUGUCCUCUUGCGUCUGCAGUGCCCCACUCCCUGAAGUACUUCUACACUGGAUCCUCCCACGUGCCCAACUUCCCAGAGUUUGUGACUGUUGGGAUGGUUGAUGGUCUUCAGAUGGUUCAUUAUGACAGCAACACUCAGAGAGCAGUACCCAAACAAGACUGGAUGGACCAGGUCACAGCAGGUGACCCACAGUACUGGGAGAGGAACACUGGAAAUUUCAUGGAUUCCCAGCAGCUCUUCAAAACCAACAUUGAGACUGUGAAGCAGCGCUUCAACCAAACUGGAGGUAUGUUUAUGUUUCACUUCUCACCAAUAACAUGUGCCGUCAGUAUUGGUACCCGCUACAUAUAG